UGAUAGGAACAUGUGUCUCCGUGUAAAAAGAACAUGGAAGGACAUAUGAUCAUAUCCUACUAGUCGGCAACUAGAACUAUGUAAAGGAACGAGAAGCAAAGACGAUAUUGGAAUGGAGUUCUCCCAGCAACGAUUGAAAAUGGCGAAAAGAUGGACGAUGUGUAAUAAAAGGACUAAUUCUGGAACAUAUCAAUUAAUCACCAUCGUCAGGUUCGAAUAAAGCGUCUGCUAAACAUCAUGCCCAUCUUUGCUAAAUUGGUAAAGUUAAUGCGCGUUGAGUUGUUCAUCAAUGACAACUGAUGAUGACUGCAUAAUGGAUUGGUUUGGCAGCACCCAUGAAGUUUCAAGCAGGCGAUAUAAUGGGAGAUAUGGAGGGAGAACAGCAUCAAUGGGAACAAUACUUCCUUCUACAUCAUCGAUCACACGGAGAGAGAUCGAAAGCAUUGACAGGGCAAUUGCAAUAUCAUUUGCAGACGAAAGAAGAGGAAAUCAUGUGAUCAAUGAAGUUUUCCAAGUGAAAGAAGACGAGCGUCUUGCAAGGGCUCUACAGGAAAGUUUGAAAUUGGGUGAGCCUUCACCCUGGAACAGAAAUGUUUCUGGUUCUUGUUACAAUGAAAAUAAUCAUCCACGAUGUGAUGUUUGCAAGAACUUUAUUCGAAAAAAUACUGCUGGUGUUGUUGUAUACAAGGCACAUCCUUUCUGGGGUCAGAAAUACUGUGCGUAUCAUGAGCAUGAUGGGACCACAAGGUGUUGUAGCUGUGAGCGAAUGGAAUCAAAGGAAACACGAUAUGUUGCUCUUGGUGAUGGACGAAAGCUAUGCUUGGAGUGUAUUGAUUCCGCAGUCAUGGAUACCACCGAAUGUCAGCCACUUUAUAAUGAUAUACAGAAAUUUUAUGAAAGUAUGGGCAUGAAAGUGGAACAGAAGAUUCCUUUACUUUUAGUUGAGAGACAAGCACUUAAUGAGGCCAUGAAUGGAGAAACGAAUGGCCAUUACCACAUGCCGGAGACCAGAGGACUAUGCCUUUCUGAGGAACAAACCAUUAGCACAGUUUCGAGGCAACCGAGAACUGGGAUUGGAAUGAAUUGGGCCCCAAACAUGAGAAGAGAGCCAUAUAAGCUGACACGUAUCUGUGAGGUUACAGCCAUUCUCAUUCUACAUGGACUUCCAAGGUUGCUUACCGGGACAAUCUUGGCACAUGAAAUGAUGCAUGCGUGGCUGAGGCUGAAUGAAUACGUGGCUCUCCGGCAAGAUGUUGAAGAAGGAAUAUGUCAGGUGGUAGCUCACAUGUGGUUGACAUCUCAGAUGGGAUCCAUAUCUGGUCAAGGGAAAAGGUUUGCGUUAGAGAAGAAGCUUGCGGAGUUUUUUAAAUACCAGAUUGAAUCUGAUCAGUCUCCGGUGUAUGGGAAUGGUUUUAGAGCAGGACAUCGGGCUGUGGUUAAACAUGGCCUUCAAAAAACAUUGUACAACAUUCGAUCAACAGGAAACUUUCCUUUCUGAUUAAAUGAUUUGUGUAAUGUCAAGUUGGUGUUAGAUUGUUAGUAUAUAUGCCAU